CUGCAGUGCAGAGCGCUGGAGUAGUGAUCGGUCGGCCAUGGAGUCGAGGCACAGGAAGGCGGCAUCUGGCCGGUUCUUCUGCUUCUUCCUCGAAUCAGUGAAUAAUGGCGGCGCGGGCGGCGGCGGCAACCUCGAGCUCGAGACCUGCUUCCUGUGCAAGCGCGGCAUCGCCUCGGACCACCACGCCUACAUGUACAGGGGCGAUGCGGCGUUCUGCAGCGAGGACUGCAGGCAGGAGCAGAUGGACAUGGACGCCGCGCUGGCCGCCGUCGCGCGCCGGCACCGCGCGCUGCUGAUAUUCAGGCCGCCGUCGUCCUCUUCGCGGGCCGGCUUCACCGUCCACGCCCCCGCAGUGUCAGGCUUCACCGUCCACCUAGGUUGUUAGCUGUGAUCUGCUCAUCGCCC